AUGGCUGAAGAAAUAAAAUGUUACAAAAAACUUGUUCCAGAGUUCAGGAUCGGACUAAGUAAAAAUACGUUGGGGGAAAGGGAAAGCGAGAGACAGGAAAUUAGAUCCAAAGCACUGAGAAAAUUAUAUGAACGAAAAUUAAUUCAUUAUGUAAGUGACAUAAAAAAUAUUGAUAAUAUAUUAUACAAGAAUGAAAAUGAGAAAACAAUGGACAAACGCAAAUCUGUUUAUGUAGGAAUUGAUCUAAAUUGUAAAUACCUACACAUUGGAAAUUUAGUGCCAUUAAUCACAUUAAAUAUUUUACGUAAUCACAACACUGAUGUUAUUGUCCUCCUAGGAGGAAGUACAACAAAGAUAGGAGAUCCAUCGUUCCAACAAACAGAACGGAAAAGAACAAUGGAUGAGGAAAUAUCCAAGAACGAAAAGAAUAUAAAAAGUAGCAUUCUACAUUUUUUUCUUCAUAAAGAAGUAAAUGAAAAAGAAAUGAAUAAUAUGAUUGAGAAAAGUGACUCGUGUGGAGAAGAUGAAUUUAUAUUCGAAUCUAAAAAUAAAGGAUCUUUAAUAAUUGUAAAUAACAAGACAUGGUAUGACAAAACGAAUUUAAUUGAAUUUAUAAAUUUUGGACAAUAUUUUUCUAUCCAUAAAUUAUUAAAAAAAGAUUGCUUUCAAAAGAAAUUAGAAAAUAAUAACUUAAAUUUAAAAGAUUUAAAUUAUCUUAUUUUACAAUCUUUUGAUUUUUUCCAUCUUUUUAAGAAAUAUAAAACUUUAAUUCAAAUUGGUGGAUCAGAUCAAUGGGGAAACGUACAAUCAGGUAUUGAAUUCACUCAGAGCAUUUCCAACACACAAUUGUAUGGAUUGACAACUAAUUUAUUACUUCAUAAAAAUAAUGUGAAGUAUAGCAAGUCUUUAUUUUAUCAAAACAAAAAAUUACCCAUUUGGAUUGAUCCACACAAUACACCUCCAUUUCUAUUUUGGAACUUUUUAAGAAAUAUUGACGAUCAACAAGUUGAUUCCUAUGUUCAUAUGCUUACUGAUUUACAUUUAGAAAUAUGCAAAUGGGAACAGCCAAAUUGUUCAUCUUCAGAACAGGAGCAGAACAAUCAUAUGAUGGAACAAAGUCUUUAUGAUAUUCAAAUAAAUCAAGCGAAAGAAAAACUAGCCAAUUUCGUCACAUCUUACAUCUACGGAGAUGAAGCUGUGCAUAGAAUCCAUAAAAUGAGCAAACUCAUGAAGGAGAAAGAAUUCCCUGUAAUCAAAAAUGUCAAUGAUUUGAAAGUAUUCCCAUUUAUUCAAAUUAACAAAAAAGAUCUACAUGAAAACAUAAUAACCAUUGUACAAAUUUUACGUAAAUUGGAAAUAGCUGAAACGAAUAAAGAGGCCAAGGAAAAGUUGAACCAGCAAUGUGUUUUCCUCAACAGAAACCUUGUAAAUUCUCCAAAUUAUCGCUUCACUUUGGAUUCCUCUUUCGUCCAAGCCCAAGACGGCACCAACUAUGCCAUUCUGGGGAUGGGCAAAAAGACAUACUACUCCAUAAUUUUAAAGUGA